GGAAUAACCAAAGAGACGACCUUGAAGCGCGAGGAGCGAAGAGCGAAGGAGAUCAUUCAUUCAUGGAGGUCUACAAGGCAUGGGUUCGAAGAAAUCAAGAGUUCAUCCACUCUCUCGAAUCCCUAGCAAACGGCAUCACAUGGCUCCUCCCGGAGCGCUUCUCCAACUCCGAGAUCGGCCCGGAAGCAGGUUCUGUUAUUGUUGGGUAACCUGUUUGUCUUCUCUUAUCUCCUCGCAAUCUCCCUCUUUUUCUUCGAUUUCAAGUGUUUUUGGGUCUUCUCCUAUAGUGUAUGCGCUUCUGGGCAUUGCCGGCGAUGUCAAUCAGUAUAUCAUCGACACUGCUCCGUCCCGGACUAGUUCCAUGGGCUCCGAAAGCUCCUCUUCGUUCCCUUGGACUUUGUGUGUCUCUGCGCUUAAGAAUUUGGAGACUGUGGUUGAGGUCGCGGCUCAGCACUUUUUUGGUGAUGAUGGGAAGUGGAAUUUCAUUGCUGCCACCGAGGCCACGAAGGUGUUAGUUAGGCUAGGGAUGCUUAGGGAUAGUGGAUGGAAGAUGCUUUUGGAAGGAGGGGGGACUGUUAAUUCGGAAAAGAGUAAGGAUCUCUGGGUCACUCAAGGUGGAAUCAGGCGUGAUGGAAGACCAGUUGAAAAUUUUUAUGGUGAUAUACCUCCACAUCUGGAAAGGAGAGCUAUGGCAGCGUUGAGUCGGUUUGGAGAGAAUGCUAAGAUAUCCUCUGAUCCAAUGUGGAGGCAGAGGCUUAGACAGAGUUAUGAACCCCCUGCUGAAGUUGUGGAAAAGCCUACUUUUUCUUCCAUUUGGUUUGAGAAAGGGCUUUCAAGCCAGUUGUUACUGACAGGGGAGGUGCUCAGUAUCAUGAGGCCUCUUCUUUAUGUUCUAUUGAUUAGAAAAUAUGGAAUUCGUUCAUGGUUUCCCUGGGCAGUUUCAUUAGGGGUGGACCUCACUGGAAUUAGCUUUCUUUCAUUUGCUACAAAUCCCAAACGCAGAAGCAAAGAGUUAUGUUACCAUCUUUCUAGCAGCGAAAAGGAAGAGAUAAAACGAAGAAAGCGGAUAUUGGCUCUUUAUCUCAUGAGAGAUCCAUUCUUCACCAAGUACACCAAGAAUAUUCUUGAAAAAGGUGACAGAUGUUUUAGUCAAAUUCCAGUAGCUGGGUUCCUAAUAGCCAAGGGAGUGGAGCUUCUGAUUGGAGCUCAAACCCGUUUCACUUAUACAUUAGGCUCAUGAAGAAUGUGCCAUCAACUUAUGUUUUGCACAAAUCUGACUGCCCUUCCUUGUGGUUGGUCAAUUCUUCCACUCAUCAAAUCUCACUUGAAGGUGUUGCAUGUCAAUUUUUUCUCUAGGUGAUAGUGAUAUCCUUUAGAUAUACCAGAAGUUCUACGAGCAGGUGCCAUGUUCAGCAAUUUAAGAGCCACAAUUUUUUUUGGGUCUGACUGUUGCAGACCCUUAAUUAUAUUCUGUAUAUCUAAGUUUAAAUUGCGUAUGUCUUAUUAAAUUGCGUGUGUCUUAUGUAACAUUAGAGGUUACUGGUGCUUACUGGUAACCAAACUAUUGCCAUAAAAUACUAGUGGGAAUAAAUAUAACCUUUCUAACAAGUUGUAUAUAGAAAUUUCUGACAUGAAAAUGGUUUUAUUCAA